ACAAAUCUCCGGUGUUGAAAGCCAAAUGCUAGUCUAAAAGAAAUGGAAGAUAAUGUCUAGAUGUUUUUAUAGAGGAGAUCAAGUUUCUAAAUUGCCUGGCUGGGCUGAUGAGACAGUGGAUUGCGCAGUGAGAUGGAACAGUAAAUAGGCAUUUCAACGUCAUUGCUUUGGCCACUGGUAACUUGUGGAAUAGAAACCGUUUGGAAUGCAAUUUUAACCACAAAGCAACUAGGAUUAGACCCACCCGUUGUAUAAAUGAUGAUGCAUUUACAUGACACUUCAACAUUCUAUGGCAGCCAUGUUAGCUCCUCAUUAACAUUACAUGGGUAAUAUUCAAACAAUGCUACGUAACUGAUUUGUCUAGAAUUAGAACAAUAUUCACAAUUCUAAAAGUCGGCCUAACUCUUUAAAUAUAUGACUCUGAUCACGACAAUCCACGGAAUGACAGAAGGGACGUCACAAUCAGUUCCAACAAGUGCAAUAGAAUAAACUCUUCCAUUUUCAAGAGUGUCAAAGUAAUUUACAAACCUGUACAUCGCCGAUUCUCCAGGCAGAUAUCUUAUUCUGUGCCUAGUGAACUGCAGUGUGUCUUGUCUUCAUGCACAGCCCUGUCAUUGUCGUGCCGCGCAUUAGUGACAGAAGAUACAUUACUUGGUAGGAAUCUAAUUAGAUGUCCCCUAACGACCUAAUAGGCGUGUCUCCUGCUGCAUGUACAGUAGAGAGAAGGCUAUUAAUCCAAGGACAACCUCUAUCUCUUCAGACAACAAGCUGAGUGUAGUACGCUGGCAGGCUUUUCCAUCCACUGUGGAAAAAUGUUGAUUGAGUAACAAAUGGCACCUUGUUUAGCCCUUAGUUGCCAGCGAUGAGACUUGGUCUCUCUCUUCAUUGGUGACAAGUUCAGUAAUGUCGUGCGGGAGUCCAUUCUGAGCAGGGCCAGUCAUCUAUGUGAGCUAUGUGGAUGACAGACGACAGCACUGGUGUUGACCAGAAAUGCUGUGCAAAAUGUGCAUCUGUGGUCAAAUAAGGUGCUUCUAUAGUACUUUUGUUUAGAUUAUUUGUAAAAAAAAAAAAAAAAUGUACAACCUCAAGAUGUUGUUGCUAGUAUUUGAGUAAAGGGUAGCAAGUGGUCACGGUUGUCUGCUGUGGUCUGGAGCUAAAAAAAAAAAAAAAGUCAUUCUGAAUGUGAAGCCAGAAGCUACUCCUAAAAGGAGACAAACGUUUACUGCCAGGAGUUCAAUCAGCAAGGCAAAUAGUUUCCAGUAAAGACGUUCAAUUCUCACGGGAAUUCACUCAUAGUAGAAAUUAAAACCCAAUUCAUCCAGUGCACCUAAUAAUCAAUCAACCAAUUCUUCCCAAAAUGCUUAGGCAACGGUAAACCAAUUAAAAAAAACGACUACAAUGAUCUCUUUUAUAGCCCUAGACAAGAGUAAAACAUUUUUAGACAAGAGGAUAAAAAUAGGGUCACGAUAGCUACAGUACUAAAAUUAGCCCCCAGAUAUAGUCCAUCUAGGGUUAUUCUUGGAGUAAUUGACAUUAGACAAUGAGCGGCCAAAGGAGGGGUCAUGGUGCAAAUGGCCCUCCAAAGUUAUUUAAAAAAGAAGAACAAGAAACCAAUUGUGCUAGAGUCAACUACUAGACCCCCGAAGGAGAUCGUAGAGAGUCCGGACUAGGGGUCGAUCGUGAUUGGCCGAUAACUCCCAAACAGAAACAGGGCGGUCCUGUUGAAUUAGUCGAGAUAUAGGCAAAAGCCAUAGGCAGAUAUCCUGUUGGGAUCAAACCCGGGGGUAAUCUGAUGAGUCUCUGUUUGAAGUGAUUAUCAUGGAGGGAAACUAAGGGAUAGUCCGCUUUCUCGCCUAAUUAGCAAAUUUAGUGCAGAGCCUUAAGAAGUUUAUAAAGACACUGGCUGAGGACAGGAGGGGACAGUCCUCAACAUAUCAACUCAUAUCAACUCACCAGGAUAGCCACCGGAUAGCAGCAGCUUAACCGCAAUCCUACUGCUACUUUGAGCUGUUCUACAACUAGCAGACCAGACCUGAAGACAGUCUCUCUCUGACCGAUGAGAAUGCCACACUUAAGUGACUGUAGUUACUACAAGAUGCGAGACGGAGCCCGAGUUUCCAAUGUCUGUAUGGAACAGGUCCAGAGCCACCUGGAGGGCUCUAAGUUCCACCUGCACCAGGCCCAGAGUCAGCAGGUCAAGCAGUACCUGACCCUGGGUUCCAAGCUGGCCGGGGGACAAGGGGGCCACCCUCACCCCACUGCGCAGGGAGGGCAGCUCCUGGGCACCGUUCCAGUGAUGAGGAAUGCUCACAUGGCCCCCCUCAGCGAUGGCAGCACCCCCAGCAGCCCCGUUACACUGCUGACCCUGGCAUCCAACCACGACAGCGAGUUUCCAAUGGAUGAAGUUAUUGAUGACUUGAUUAGCCUGGAGUCCGGCUUCAAUGACGGGGGCUUGGAUUGUAUGGAUCCCAGCAUCAUAAUGCAAAACAAUGUGCUGAGCAGCAGCAUGCUGGACAUCUAUGGGUGUGAACCAGGUAUGACCACAGCCCCUCAUGGCCGAAUGACACCCACCUCACGCCCCACUAAGCUCACUACUGUAAAAAGGGAAGUCACAGAACAUGAAACGAGAGUGAUGGCCAAAGAACGACAGAAGAAAGACAAUCACAACUUGAUUGAAAGAAGACGAAGAUACAAUAUCAACUACAGAAUCAAAGAACUUGGAACAAUGAUACCAAAGUCGAAUGACCCGUUAUCUUUUACGUCCCUCUGCCGUAGUGAUAUGCGCUGGAACAAAGGCACCAUUCUCAAGGCGUCGGUGGAGUACAUCAAGUGGCUGCAGAAGGAGCAGCAGCACGCCAGAGAGCUGGAGAACAGGCAGAAGAAGAUGGAGCAGGCCAACAGGAGGCUACUGCUCAGGAUCCAGGAGUUGGAGAUCCAGGCCCGUGCUCACGGCCUCCCCAGCAUGGCCACUGCCCUGGGUACUGUAGAGCUCUCCUCCCACCUCCUCAAACAACAGCAACAGCAGCCCUUGGCUCCCCAGUCACAGCAGGGUCCUCAGCCACCCCUGUACCAGGAAGAGCUGAACGGGGAGUACCUCCAGAGGACCUCCAUGCCAGCCAUGACCACUGGGGGCGUCGCUGGCGUUACAGACCAGGGUCAGGGGGUGGUUGACGGCUCCACCACUUUCUCCGACCCGCUUUCUCACUUCACAGACUUCUUCAGUGCCACGCUCAAAGAGGAGCAACGGCUGGACGAGAUCCUCAUGGACAACCCGCUCUCGCCGUUCGGCACCGACCCACUUCUCUCCGCCGGCUCACCCGACGCCUCCAAGGACUCCAGUCACAGGAGCAGCUUCAGCUCGGAUGAUGACGACCUAUGAUCCCUGACCCCUACGCGACCCCACGGUGACCCUUUGUCAAAGGUCAAAAGACAUAGAGCAGUUGGUCACCCUCACAAAUUGGUGCGGGGAUUUGUUCCAGCCCAGCACCAACAACACAUCCGAUUCUACUGACCAGCUCGAAUCAAUGAGAGCUUGAUUAGUGGGCUCAGGUGUGUAAGUGCUGGGCCAGAGCAGACGCCUGCACACCCUGUGGCUCUCCAGGACCAGGGUUAGUUACCACUGGCACUCCCACUUUUUACAAACUUUGGUGGAGAGUGUGUACCUCGCGGGCAGAACCAGACUCAUGAGAAAAAGGGAGAAAGACAAUCGGUCCAUACUGAUCACAUGAUACGGUUCCAAAAUGCAUUGGACACUGGGGUUGUUGCACACCACUGUAAACUAUACGGUGUCUUUGCAAUAUGCCAAAAGAGGACAGUGUCCUUUUUCAGAUGUCUACUAUUACAGUUAUUGUAUAAAAGGACUUUAAACCACUGAGGUUCACUGAUGGGCCCUAUCUAGAGCUAGUUACUGGUGGUUCCUCUUUCAGACAGAAAUUAAAAUGGAACAGUGAUACUUGGCGAAAAAACACUUCCUUUGUUUGUCUUUAAAUGUAUUUUUACAAAAUGUUGUAUGUAUGUAUGUGUUUUAAUCCAUGUAUUCCUAAAAAAAAACAUUACAUUAUCUAACAUGCUCUCUUUUGUAUUCUUAGUGGGGGUGGGGAAAAAAUAAUAA